CUGCCCGUGUGUAUUUCCUGUAGCUUGACGCUGGAGCCGCACAACUGAACCGGACUCGGACUGAACCGAACUGUGGUCCCUGUGAUGCCCGACAGCGGGCUGAGCUGCUCGGCGUCGCGAUGCCUUACGUGGACCGACAGAAUCGCAUCUGCGGCUUCCUGGACAUCGAGGAGAACGAAAGCAGCGGCCGCUUCCUCCGCCGUUACUUCAUCCUGGACACGCAGCAGGGCAGCCUGCUGUGGUACAUGGACAACCCUCAGAAUCUGCCUGCAGGUGCAGACAUCAUGGGAUCUCUCAAACUCACCUACAUCUCUAUGGUCAGCGAUGCCACCAAACUCAGACCAAAGGCAGAGUUCUGCUUUGUUAUAAACGCCGGCAUGAGGAAGUUCUAUCUGCAGGCCAACGACCAGCAGGACCUGGUGGAGUGGAUCAGCGUCCUCAACAAAGCCACCAAGAUUACCGUGCCAAAACUCGGAGACUCCAACGCUGCCCACGCUGAGACUCCUCAGGAGGUCCUGGGUGCCAUGAAGCAGGUUUCCUACAAGACGGAGAUCAUCGGAGGAGUCCCCAUCAUCACCGCCACUCAGGAGCAGGGUGAAGGGCAGAACGGGGCAGACCGAGGAGGUUUGAAGCGAGGUCAGAAUCAGCUGCCCUACUUCCUGUCCAGAGGAACUCAGGACCAGGCUGUCGUCAAGGCCGGAUACUGCGUCAAACAAGGAGCUUUGAUGAAGAACUGGAAGAGGAGGUACUUCACGCUGGAUGAAAACGCUGUCAGCUACUACAAAUCCGACCAGGAGCGUGAGGCGCUCAGAGUGAUUCCUCUGAAGGAGAUCCAUAAAGUCCAGGAGUGUAAACAGAGCGACCUGAUGAUGAGAGACAACCUGUUUGAGAUGGUGACCGGCACCAGGACCUUCUACGUUCAGUCUGACAGUCCAGAGGACAUGCACAGCUGGAUUAAGGCCAUUUCAGGGGCCAUCGUGGCUCAGCGGGGCCCCGGACGCUCAGUAGGUAUCUGGAUGCCUGGAGAGAUCCGUCAGGCCCGGCGUCUGUCCACUCCUUGUUUUCAGAGGUAUUCGCCAUUCUGCAGUGGUGAAUGCAGCACGAGCGCGGUGAGCUCUCCCCUCACUCCCCACCAUCCUCCUCCACCUUCUACUUCCCUCUCGACCCUCCGCCGGGCCCCGUCUCCCCCCCAGCGAGUGCUCAGCCUCACCCUGGACUCCCCCCACCACCGGGACAACUUCCUGGGCCUGCUGCCGUGGAGGCUGAGCGGCGUCCCGUCUGCGAUGCUGCCAGCGACUCGAUCGCGUUUGUCGCUGCAGGAGACGCUGCAGCCUUCCGACUGACGGAUGCGUCUCCAUGGAAACGCGACGGCGCCGUCACUGUGGACGACCCCGACCUGCAGAUGACCCUGAUCUGACGACGACUGACAAUCCGGACCGAGGAUCCUCCGAACUCUUCCAGGGACCAGUUCUUUUUGUACGUUGGUGCACAUCUGGGGUUUGUCUUCCUCGUGUUUGUUACCGAAUAUUUACUCCAAACAAACAACAGCACGUGUUUGUUGUUGUGCAAAAAAACAAACAAACAAAUAAGCAGCAGCAGUGCAGGAGACAGAAGAACCAAAGUUUGCAGUUUUUAGUUUUGGUUUCCUUCCAGCAGGUUUAGAGAAACUGACUAAUCCAGAUUCUCAACGACAAUCCUCUUCUUUUAUUUGUUACGUUUUGAUUUUUCUUCGAGCACCGAGGUCCAGAUUCACCUCCAGCAGAUGUCUUUGGUGGUUCUUCAGGAAGCUUUUAUGUCAAAAUUAGGAUGCUGUUGAUGCAAAUAUUAAAAAAAAAACAUGAAAGAACACUAAAUCUUCAGCUGUGUGCAGGUGUGAGCAGGUUUUCAGGAAGCACCCACUCUCCAGUUUUUACAUUUUCUGCUGUAAAAGCAACUUUUCCUGCAGUCAGAACACAUUUAAAAGCUCCUGCAGCGUUGUUAAAUCCACGUCUCGCUCCUGUUUCUCUCUUUCUGAUGUGAAAAAGCAGACUUUCUAACGGACGAUAAUUUAAGAAGGUUUCUCUUUGUCACAAACUGUUUGGCCGAUGAAAAUUUAGCACAGAAAUGUCAAAAAUUGAUGUAUUUAGAUGUCAGCUGUUGAAAUAAAUCUGAAGCUUUUGUCGUACUGAAUUCAUCGGGCAGCUUUAAGUAAAAAGUAAGCAAAAAAUGCGACUUUUAGUUGGAGGUUUUGGUCGUUCAACAUAUUGGAGACUCUUGUUUUUGAAGUCAGAAGCCAAAAUACGAGAGUUUAUUGUAGAAUUGACUAAGUAAUAAACCUGUACCAGUUCAUAGGUUGAAUUAAUCGGUUUUUAGUGAAUUUUUUUAAGUCUAAAUUCUGUGAUUUCAGCUUCAUUAAAGUGAACAUUUUCUGGUUUCUUUCCUCCUUUAUAACCGUAAACUAUAUAUCUGUUAUUUCUAACAUCUUCAAGACCAAAUGAUCAUUUAGUAAUUGAGAAAAUACAGAAAUAAUUUCAGCUUGCAGCUCUGCUCUGCCGUCUCGUGAAAUAGGCCUCCAAGAGGUUCUUAGUUUUGAUUAAAGGGCUUUAAAUUUCAGUUUUAUGACUGAAAUCAGUUUGUUUUAAAGCUGCUCAGUCUGUGUGGAGCUUCCAAGACCAAAUUAGAUGCAUUUUGCAGCCGUCCUGACUGAUUAUUAGAGGGAGAAAAGAGGUGAAAAAACACAAAAGUGAAGCAGAAUUAACUUGAAUUUUAUCUGUAAACUAACUCAGAAGUACUUUAAUUCAUCAACAAGAGUCCAAAACAGCUGAUUGUGCAAAGUUUAUCACAAAUUAGAAUGGUUUAUGCCAAUAACGUUUUGGUAGAAAACAGGCUUCUGGACCAAAAUCUUAUUAAUAUUUAAUGUAGAAAUGUGCAGGAGAAGCCAAACCUUUUCUUUUCCAGGAAAACAUCUUCCUGAUUGUUGGUAUCGAGACUGAAAAUUUUCAUUUUUUGAGCAGCAGAAAACAAAUGACAUUCUGCCUGAUUUUGCUUUUUGCAGCUUUUCAUCUGUUCCAUUUACUGUUUUUGCUUCAUUUAAAUCAGUUUGAAUGAAGAAAAAUGUUUUAUUCACCAAAAAAAAAAAAAAAUAAUGAAAGAGACAGGAAGUGGAAUGAAAAACGUAAAAUCUGCCAAAGUGUGAGGUGCUUUAGUCGCUGCUGAGGAUCUGGAUUCAGUGACUGGAAGGUUUUUGAUGACUUUUAAUAAAAAUGCAAUGGAUUUAAAAAGUCUUUACUGCUGUGGACUGAAGCUGCGUUUCCGUUCGUCUCACCAGUUUCCUUCCCAUGUUCUUGUUUUGGUGUUUUUCUGUGUAAAACGUGGGGAGAAACCAAACGGCUGCGUUGGUUCUGGGUGUUUUUUUUUUAAUUUCUCUGACGAGCUUUUUCUGAUAUUAUUUGCAGUCAUGAUGAUGCUGAAACAAAAAAAUAAAAUCUACAUGUUUAUGUUGUUUAUUGACUUUUCUACAGGCGUGUGCACGGCUACAUGCACACGCCUCCACCCUGAUGUUGAGCUGGUAAAGUGCCUGUUCUUUCUAAAGAGUUGUCGUUGAUGAUGAUGAUGAGCUGUUUUGACCCUUUUUAGUGUGAUACUCAGACCAUGUGCUCUAUUUAUUAAACGACAUUUGAACAGAA